AUGCCCUUUUUCAGCGUGAUCUUACUCUUCUCGCAGCUGCCUCCCACAGUGUACAACUUGUCUGAUGAUGACAGUCUUCAAAGCCUGAGCACCAGAGUGUACAAGGAUGGAGACGUGGUGAUCGGCGGAUUCUUCUCCCUGUACACCUGUCUGUACUUCACGGGAAUGUCCCAAAUAAAACCCACCAGGGACUUUCUCAUCAUAGAGCUUAUGCCUAGCAAUUUCCCAAAUGUUCUGGCCUUCAUUUUUGCCAUUGAAGAGAUCAACAGGAAUCCUCAUCUUUUACCAAACAUUUCUCUGGGAUAUGAGUACCACAAUUUACUAUACAGCUACUGGAGGAUAUUAGAGAGUUUCCUCAUUCUGUACCCAGGACAAACAACCCCCUUCAAAUAUCCAGAAGACACUUUCCUCACUCGGUACUGGUUCCAGAAUUUCCACUGCUCGUUCUCUGCCUCUGACUGUUCCCUGAAGGACUGCACCCCCAAUGCCUCCCUGGAAUCACUGCCUUUGAAUCAUUUUGACACAGCCAUGAGUGUUGGGAGUUUCAACACUUACAAUGCUGUGUAUGUGGCAGCCCACGCGCUCCAGGAGAUGCUUCAUGAACAUACUCAAAUGAUUAUACUUCCUUUUCAGCUACACCCCUUUCUGAAGGACCUCCAGGUUAACACACCUGCUGGAGAAUAAGUCAAUUUAUACAAGAAUAGUAAAGUGGACGCAAAGUACAAUAUUCUCAACUUUUGGAAUUUUCCCGAAGGCCUGAGACUUAGGGUGAAAGUUGGAGAGUUUUCCCUGCAUGUGCCACCUGGGGAACAGUUGGCCUUGUCUCAGGAGAUGAUAGAGUGGGCCAUUGGAAGCACAGAGACUCCCCGCUCAGCUUGCAGUGAAAGCUGCACCCCUGGGUUCAGGAAGUCCCCUCAGGAAGGAAAGGCUGCCAGUUGUUUUGACUGCACCCCUUGCUCUAGGAAUGAGAUUGCUAAUGACACAAACAUGGAACAGUGUGUGAGGUGUCCAGACCAUCAGUAUGCCAACAUUCAGAGAAUCCACUGCCUCCAAAGGAAUGUCACAUUUCUGGCUUAUGAAGACCCCCUGGGGAAGGCUCUGGCUGGCAAUGCCCUGAGUCUCACUGUCCUCACAGCUGCUGUUCUUGGGCUCUUUGUCAAGAACAGAGACACUCCCAUCAUCAAGGCCAACAACAGGGCUCUCAGCUACACCCUGCUCAUCUCCCUCACCUGCUGCUUCCUCUGCUCCUUGCUCUUCAUCGGCUGUCCCAACACAGCCACCUGCAUCCUGCAACAGACCACAUUUGGAGUUGUGUUCACUGUGGCUGUUUCCACUGUCUUGGCAAAGACCAUGACUGUGGUUCUGGCCUUCAAAAUCACUGCUCCAGACAGAAGGAUGAGACAGUGGCUGGUAUCAGGAGCACCAAACUACAUCAUCCCCAUCUACUCCCUGAUCCAACUCACUCUCUGUGGAGUCUGGAUGAGGACAAAUCCACCCUACAUUGACACAGACUCAUACUUUGAACAUGGCCACAUCAUCAUCGUGUGCAACAAGGGCUUGCUCACCGCCUUCUACUGUGUCUUGGGAUACCUGGGCUCCUUAGCUCUGGUGAGCUUUACAGUGGCUUUCCUGGCCAGAAAUCUUCCUGAUACCUUCAAUGAAGCCAAGUUCCUGACCUUAAGCAUGCUGGUGUUCUGCAGUGUGUGGGUCACCUUUCUGCCUGUGUACCACAGCAGCAAGGGGAAGGCCAUGGUGGCCAUGAAGGUUUUCUCCAUCUCGGCCUCCAGUGCAGGGCUGCUGGGCUGCAUCUUUGUCCCCAAGUGCUACAUUAUUUUGUUAAGAUCAGAGAGAAAUUCUCUGCCUAUGUUUAGAGAUAAGAAAACAUUUUCAUAA